AUGGCAAAAGGCACGAAGAAAGCUACCCGUAAAUUUGAGAAGAACCAUCUCAAGGAUACCCUCGAGAAACGAAAGGCUGGCGCAAAGAUCAAGCAGCGCAAUCAGGUCAAAGCCAAGCGACAAGCCCGCAAUGCGAAAGAUGCAGAGUUCGAGGGGAAGGGUGGAGAGGAAGAAUCGAAAGGAAAGGCACCCGUCAAGGAAGAUCCUUUCGGAAAGAUGAACGUGGACGAUUUCUUCCAGGGUGGAUUCGAAAUCCCAGAAAAGCUUGCAAAGAAAUCGAAAUCGAAAGCAAUCCCCGAGAAGCUGGGUAAGAGGAAACGAUCGGAACCAGAAGUCGAGGAUGACAACUCAUCCGAGGUAUCCUUCGAGGAGGCACCAGUUUUGAGUGAUAGCGAAGAUGGAAGCGAGCCCGAAGAUGAUAUUGGAAUGAGCAAGGGUGCUAUGGAAGCAUUGGCAAACAAGGACCCAGAAUUUUACAAGUAUCUCAAGGAGAACGAUCCCGAGGCCCUCGAUUUCGACGACGAUGCGGAUUUCGCAGAGGUUGAUGAAUUGAGUGGUAGCGAAGAUGAGCAACCAAAGAAGAAGAAAAAGAAAUCCAAGAAGGCCCCAGUUGAGGAAGUUCAGGAAGAGGAGGCUUCAGAAGAGGAGGCGGAAGAUGCUUCAGAGCUCACAAAAGAAAUGGUUGCCAAAUGGACGAAGGCCAUGAAGGAACAAUACUCACUUCGAGCAAUGCGACAGGUGGUCCUUGCAUUCAGAGCAGCGGCGCAUGUCAAUGAGGAUGAUGGCAAAGAAUACAAAUACACCAUCUCGAACUCUCAAGUAUACCACGAGUUACUAGUUACCGCUUUGAAAUACGUACCCGAAGUCCUGAAUCACCAUAUUCCCGUCAAGGAGACCGCCGCCGGAAAGGUCCGAGUUUCAACAGACUCCAAGAAGUUCAAGACUCUUACUGCCCUCCUCAAAUCAUACACAUCUUCCGUACACCAUCUCCUUACCGCCUUAUCGGACGCUCCAACUCUCAAACUUACCCUUACCUCUGUCACCCCACUUCUCCCAUAUCUCCUUUCAUUCAAGAAGGUCCUCAAGAACAUUGUCAAAACAGUUGUCAACAUUUGGUCAGAUACUUCAAGUGACGAAGCAACACGAAUCACAGCGUUCCUCGUGCUGCGACGCUUGGCAGUAAUCGGAGACCCAGGAUUGAGAGAGGCAGUUUUCAAAACAGUGUAUCAAGGAUUGAUCAAGGGAAGUCGAAGUACCACGGUACAUACGGUCCAAGGAAUCAAUCUGAUGAAGAACUCAGCCGCAGAACUUUGGGGCAUUGAUGCAGGGGUUGGGUAUGCUACAGGAUUCACUUUCAUUCGCCAACUUGCCAUCCAUCUCCGAAACAGCAUCACCAACAACCAACAAGAAUCGUACAAGACAGUGUACAACUGGCAAUACGUACACUCGUUAGACUUCUGGUCAUGUGUAUUGUCUGAGCAUUGCAGCCCGGUGAAAGAAGCCGAGAAUGGCAAGGAGUCGGAGUUACGACCACUGAUCUAUCCAACAGUGCAAGUCACGCUUGGAGCUAUGCGCCUCAUUCCCACGUCUACGUAUUUCCCCCUCCGGUUUCACUUGAUGCGUUCUCUCCUCAGAUUAUCCCGUGCGACUGGGACAUAUAUUCCAUUGGCCUCAGCAAUACUGGAAGUGUUGAACUCUAAUGAGAUGAAAAAAGCUCCAAAGCCUAGCACACUCAAAGGUCUUGAUUUCGCCUCAAAUUACAAGGCACAGAAGACGUAUCUCAAAACAAGGGUGUACCAAGAUGGAGUCGGCGAGCAGGUAGCCGAGCUGCUAUCCGAAUUUUUCGUUCUCUGGUCAACAAGUAUCGCAUUUCCAGAAUUGGCACUACCAGUUGUCGUAAUGUUGAAGCGUUGGCUGAAGGACGUCAGCCACAAGACGUCUGGAAACAAAAACAACAAAGUCAAUUCUGCCUUUGUCCUACUGUUACAGAAGAUCGAAGCAAAUGCCAAGUUCAUAGAGCAACACCGAGCCAAGGUCGACUUUGCGCCAAAUAACAGAGCUGGCGUGGACAACUUCCUUAAGGACACCGAAUGGGAGAAGACUCCCCUUGGUGCAUUCGUUUCUGGACAGAGAAAGCAGCGAGAGGAGAAAGCUAAGCUUUUGGAAGAGGGACGGAGAGAGGAAGAUCGUAAGCGGAAGGCAGACCGGGAGAAAGAAAAGGCUGGUGCGGGCAUUGACGAGGAUAUGGAAGAUAUUGACGAUGACUCCGAGGCUGGUUUUGAGACUGAAGAUGAUGACGAGUAG